UUGUUACAGCAGACACCUGUCAAGGAAAGAAGCAUUCCUUCACGAACUUCGGGUGGGUUCUUUGUCUCUGCUUCAUCGCUCUCGGAUAUCCAGGCAUUAUACAGGUCGUAAGACUUUAAUCGUUCCAUUUCGUACAAGACAGAAGUCUCGUGAGGUCGGUAGGCCAAGUCGCGGACCCAGGAUGGCAGGUCGCUAUGUUCCCUGCUGAAGCCAUCACCAGUAAGAAACCUUAGAUUCCCUUGUCUGUAUUGCCGAGCAAUGGCUGUUGCUGUGCCGCAGAAAACAUCAUGAAUCGAACGAGAGUAAUCGGGCGUAAGAAGUGCCUGGGAAGCCUCGUCAAAUGCGGUCCGAUUCACCAGUCCGAGUGUGCCGUAAACCUUGUCCCGUGGAUCUUUGCAGUCUUUGUAGCGAUAUAGCCUCAGCGUCCGGUCAAGACUGUUUCCCAGGUCCUCGUUAUUUCUAUCGCUUACACUCUGUUCCGCCUGCGGGUCCAGAGUAAGGCCUCGGGUCUUCUUCUGGGUUUGAGCCACCAGUAAGUUGUCCGGCGUGA